AUGGUCCUUCUGUUGAUCCUGUCAGUCCUGCUUUUGAAAGAAGAUGUCCGUGGGAGUGCACAGUCCAGUGAGAGGAGGGUGGUGGCUCACAUGCCAGGUGACAUCAUUAUUGGAGCUCUCUUUUCUGUCCACCAUCAGCCCACCGUGGACAAAGUUCAUGAAAGGAAGUGUGGGGCAGUUCGUGAACAGUAUGGCAUUCAGAGAGUGGAGGCCAUGCUGCACACCCUGGAGAGAAUCAACUCAGACCCCACGCUUCUACCCAACAUCACACUGGGCUGUGAGAUAAGGGAUUCCUGCUGGCAUUCGGCCGUGGCCCUAGAGCAGAGCAUUGAGUUCAUAAGGGACUCCCUCAUUUCUUCAGAAGAAGAAGAAGGUUUGGUGCGCUGUGUGGAUGGCUCUUCCUCCUCCUUCCGCUCCAAGAAGCCCAUAGUAGGGGUCAUUGGGCCUGGCUCUAGUUCUGUGGCCAUUCAGGUCCAGAACUUGCUCCAGCUUUUCAACAUACCUCAGAUUGCUUACUCGGCAACAAGCAUGGACCUGAGUGACAAGACUCUGUUUAAGUACUUCAUGAGGGUUGUGCCUUCAGAUGCCCAACAGGCACGGGCCAUGGUGGACAUAGUGAAGCGAUACAACUGGACCUAUGUGUCAGCUGUGCACACAGAAGGCAACUAUGGCGAAAGUGGGAUGGAAGCUUUCAAAGAUAUGUCAGCCAAGGAAGGGAUUUGCAUCGCUCACUCUUAUAAAAUCUACAGCAAUGCGGGGGAGCAGAGCUUCGAUAAGCUGCUGAAGAAGCUCAGGAGUCACUUGCCCAAGGCCAGGGUGGUGGCUUGCUUCUGUGAGGGCAUGACGGUGAGAGGUCUGCUGAUGGCCAUGAGGCGCCUGGGUCUGGCAGGAGAAUUUCUGCUUCUGGGCAGUGAUGGCUGGGCUGACAGGUACGAUGUGACAGAUGGAUAUCAGCGAGAAGCUGUUGGUGGAAUCACAAUCAAGCUCCAAUCUCCCGAUGUCAAGUGGUUUGACGAUUAUUAUCUGAAGCUCCGGCCAGAAACAAACCUCCGAAACCCUUGGUUUCAAGAAUUUUGGCAGCAUCGUUUUCAGUGCCGGCUGGAAGGGUUUGCACAGGAGAACAGCAAAUACAACAAGACUUGCAAUAGUUCUCUGACACUGAGAACACAUCACGUUCAAGAUUCCAAAAUGGGAUUUGUCAUCAAUGCGAUCUAUUCCAUGGCCUACGGGCUCCACAAUAUGCAGAUGUCCCUCUGCCCGGGCUAUGCAGGCCUCUGCGAUGCAAUGAAGCCUAUCGAUGGACGGAAACUUUUGGACUCCCUGAUGAAAACCAACUUCACUGGGGUUUCUGGAGACAUGAUCCUAUUCGAUGAGAAUGGAGACUCUCCAGGAAGGUAUGAAAUAAUGAAUUUCAAGGAAAUGGGAAAAGAUUAUUUUGAUUAUAUCAAUGUUGGAAGCUGGGAUAAUGGAGAAUUAAAAAUGGAUGAUGAUGAAGUAUGGUCCAAGAAGACCAACGUCAUCAGAUCUGUGUGCAGUGAACCAUGUGAGAAAGGCCAGAUAAAGGUGAUCCGGAAAGGAGAAGUCAGCUGUUGUUGGACCUGUACACCUUGUAAAGAGAAUGAGUAUGUCUUUGAUGAGUACACCUGCAAGGCAUGCCAGCUGGGGUCCUGGCCCACGGAUGACCUUACAGGUUGUGAUUUGAUCCCAGUACAGUAUCUUCGCUGGGGUGACCCUGAGCCCAUUGCAGCUGUGGUGUUUGCCUGCCUUGGCCUGCUGGCCACCCUGUUUGUUACUGCAAUCUUCAUCAUUUACCGGGAUACACCAGUGGUCAAGUCCUCCAGCAGGGAACUCUGCUACAUUAUACUCGCUGGCAUCUGCCUGGGCUACUUAUGUACCUUCUGCCUCAUUGCAAAGCCCAAACAGAUUUAUUGCUACCUUCAGAGAAUUGGCAUUGGUCUCUCCCCAGCCAUGAGCUACUCAGCCCUGGUCACCAAGACCAAUCGUAUUGCGAGGAUCCUGGCUGGCAGCAAGAAAAAGAUCUGCACCAAAAAGCCCAGAUUCAUGAGUGCCUGUGCCCAGCUAGUGAUUGCUUUCAUUCUCAUAUGCAUCCAGUUGGGCAUCAUCGUCGCCCUCUUUAUAAUGGAACCUCCUGAUAUAAUGCACGACUACCCAAGCAUUCGAGAAGUCUACCUGAUUUGUAAUACCACCAACUUAGGAGUUGUCACUCCUCUCGGAUACAAUGGAUUGCUAAUUUUGAGCUGUACCUUCUAUGCUUUCAAGACCAGAAAUGUUCCAGCUAACUUCAACGAGGCCAAGUAUAUCGCCUUCACUAUGUACACCACCUGCAUUAUAUGGCUGGCCUUUGUGCCAAUCUACUUUGGCAGCAACUACAAAAUCAUCACCAUGUGUUUCUCAGUCAGCCUCAGUGCCACAGUGGCACUGGGCUGCAUGUUUGUGCCAAAGGUGUACAUCAUUCUGGCCAAACCAGAGAGAAAUGUGCGCAGCGCCUUCACCACGUCUACUGUGGUGCGCAUGCACGUGGGGGAUGGCAAGUCAUCCUCAGCAGCCAGCAGAUCCAGCAGCCUAGUCAACCUGUGGAAAAGGAGAGGCUCCUCUGGGGAAACCCUAAGGUACAAAGACAGGAGAUUGGCCCAGCACAAGUCGGAAAUAGAGUGUUUCACCCCCAAAGGGAGUAUGGGGAAUGGUGGGAGAGCAACAAUGAGCAGCUCCAAUGGCAAAUCCGUCACGUGGGCUCAGAACGAGAAGAGCAGCCGGGGGCAGCACCUGUGGCAGCGGCUGUCCGUCCACAUCAACAAGAAGGAGAGCCCCAACCAGACGGCCGUCAUCAAGCCCUUCCCCAAGACCAUGGAAAGCCGCGGCCCGGGCGCGGGCGGCCCCGGUGGGCCCGAGCCCCCAGAUGCCGGGGGCCCCAAGGCGCUGUACGACGUGGCGGAGGCCGAGGAGCGCGCGCCCGCGCGCCCGCGCUCGCCGUCGCCCAUCAGCACGCUGAGCCGCGGCGCGGGCUCGGCCGGCCGCACGGACGACGAUGUGCCGUCGCUGCACUCGGAGCCCGCGGCGCGCAGCAGCUCGUCGCAGGGCUCGCUCAUGGAGCAGAUCAGCAGCGUGGUGACCCGCUUCACGGCCAACAUCAGCGAGCUCAACUCCAUGAUGCUGUCGAGCGCGGCGCCCGGCGCCGGCGUGGGCGCCCCGCUCUGCUCGUCCUACCUGAUCCCCAAAGAGAUCCAGCUGCCCACGACCAUGACGACGUUCGCCGAGAUCCAGCCGCUGCCCGCCAUCGAGGUCACGGGCGGCGCGCAGGCCGCGGCGGCGGCGGCCCCGCCGGCAGGGGGCGCCACCCGGGAGAGCCCGGCGGCCGGGCCCGAGGCUGCGGCCGGCAAGGCGGACCUGGAGGAGUUGGUGGCUCUCACUCCGCCGUCGCCCUUCAGAGACUCGGUGGACUCGGGGAGUACGACCCCCAACUCGCCAGUGUCCGAGUCGGCCCUCUGUAUCCCAUCGUCUCCCAAAUAUGACACACUGAUCAUCAGAGAUUACACUCAGAGCUCCUCGUCGUUGUGAAUGUCAUUGGAAACCACGCUGGGUUCCGCCGACGGAGCGGAGACCUCCGGUGUUCACAAGACACAGUGACAAGCAGAGUCGCCUGGUUAAGACCCGAAGUGGAAGAUGCCAAGUACACCCGUAACGGAAAC